AUGUUCAUCAGACUCAAGACACCUCAUCCAGUUAAUACCGGUGCCGGCCGCGGCUUGGGUCUCGGGCUCGUCAAAGAGCUCAUCAACCGGCCAAAAUCUAGCGUCGGCACCGUAUUCGCAGCAACCCAGUCCGAGCCCUCGGCAGCCCUCCAGCAACUCGUCGACAGCGCAUCAGGCCCGCUCGUUGUCGUGCGCUUCGACCCCGGGGCUAACCUGCAUGGCAGCGCCGGCAUUGACGUGCUGAUCAACAACGUCGGCGUGAUGCCGUACACGCCCGACGGGAUCGCCGCCAUCGCGCACAACGUGACGCGCGCGUUCCUGCCGCUGCUCGAGCGCGGCGCCCACAAGGAGGUCGUCGGAAUGGGCAUCAUGCUCGGCACGUUGGCGCUGUCACCCGUCUUCGCGCCCUUCCCCGUACUCGCGUACAAGAUCACCAAGGCGGCGUUGCACAUGCUCGCCAUGCAGUGGGCCAACGAGAACGCGGCCAAGGGGUUUGUGUUUUGCGUCGAUUGCGCCGGGGGUGAACAGUGGGUCAAGACAGACCUCGGCGGCGAUGCCGCUGACUUGACUAUUGAAGAGGCCGUCCUUGCAACGCUGGAUGUCGUGGACAGGCUCGACAAGUCGUCCAGCGGUAAGCUGCUCAAUUUUCUCGUCCAAGGUUGGGAGAAGAACCUCGGCAUGAACCAGUAUGACGGCCGCGUUCUGGACUGGUGA